GGCGCCGCCGGAUCCCGCGCCGCGCCGAAGCCUGCAGCGCCCCGCGGUCGCCGUCUCUUGCACUGGUCAGGAUGAAUAGAGCCUGACAAAACCUGAGUUAAUUGGCCGAGCGAAUGUCCUUCGCGUCAGGAGAACACACCCGGAGAAGCCGAGGGAAAUGUGGAGCAGGAGCAGCCAAAGUGGCCCAUCGGCUCUCGAGCAGGGUUUGCGCGUCGCGGUCGCAAAGCUCCGUGAGUGCAGGCACCGCGGCACAAGCGCUGCCCCGGAGCUCCAGGAGGCGGCGGCGGGCUGGGCGUUCGCGAUCCUGGAGAAACGACCGCGGGGCGUUGGGAGCAUUUUGUUAAAAAGCCGGGAAGCUCAGGGCCGGUGUGGCCUUCGUUCUGGGCUGAGAACCCGAACUUUGGGCAGCUUCCUUUCCUUGCCUUUGGGAGUCCGUCUUCUUCAGCUCUUUGAGUCCCAGUUUCUGCCACUUUAUCUUUCCCGCCUCCUGGCAGGCAGGCCGUUAACCGUCUUCCGGGAAGACGCCGCUAGAAUCCUCCGGCCGCGCCUGGCCGCCAGUCCCCAAACGACACUCGCUCAGGUACCCACUAACGUGCGAGGAACCCUGCGAGCUGACCAAUGGCCCUCCCUGCCCAACCCCCUGCCGCGGGAGGUCGUCUCGACCCCUCCCAUGCCUCCCAGUCCCACCCUGCCCAGGACAAGCCCGCUCGGUGUGAACGGUUCCCCGCGAGUCGAGGGUGGAGAAGCCAGCCUCCUGCCCCCGAGUGGUACUCUAGCAGCCCACCUCUUUUAG